GUGACCGGAAGCAUGUGCGGAUUGUGGUGAAAUCAACGGAGAUCAACAACAUUGCAAGGUUUAGAGUUCAUCGCUUCUUUUCACUGAUUUACUUCAUAACAGUUCGGGAUCACCGUUCAGUUUGUACGACAGACAAUUCAAGCACCUCAAAAUGGAUAAUCUUCCCCCAUCUGUGGCCACUGAGGCUGUUCUGGUGAAGAGCUCCCCCAUGCCAGAUGGCACCCCCACUGUCAAGGGAUAUGAUUUCAAUGAAGGCAUCAACUACCACAAGCUGAUGGAAUCCUACAGGAGAAGUGGUUUCCAGGCAACUAAUUUUGGCAAGGCAGUGGAAGAAAUAAAUAGAAUGAUUGACUGUAAGCUGCAGCCGAUGUCGCCUGAAGAUCAAUACCACACUAACCUCAACCCCUGUGGAAGAGAGAGGUCAAACUGCACAAUCUUCCUCAGUUACACAUCCAACCUCGUCUCCUCUGGUGUCCGAGAAGUGAUCCGCUAUCUCGUGCAACACAACAUGGUUGAUGUGGUGGUGACAACAGCAGGAGGGAUAGAGGAAGACUUCAUCAAGUGUAUGGCCCCCACAUUCCUUGGCGACUUCGCGCUGAGCGGUAGAGACCUGAGGGACAAAGGCAUCAACCGUAUCGGCAAUCUGCUGGUGCCAAAUGAGAACUACUGCUUCUUCGAGGACUGGGUCAUGCCCAUCCUUGACAAGAUGGUGGCAGAACAGAAAGAAGAAGGAAUCAUAUGGAGUCCUUCCAAGAUGAUCGCACGUUUGGGGAAGGAGAUCAACAACACUGACUCAAUCUACUACUGGGCCUACAAGAACAACAUUCCAGUCUUCUGUCCAGCGCUGACCGACGGCUCUCUGGGGGACAUGAUCUACUUCCACUCCUUCAAGAACCCUGGGCUUGUCCUGGACCUUGUUGAAGACAUUCGACGGGUCAACAGCCAGGCGGUGUACUCUGUCAACACUGGCAUGAUCAUCCUUGGUGGAGGCGUCGUCAAACACCACACCGCCAACGCCAACCUCAUGCGUAAUGGUGCUGAUUUCUCUGUGUACCUCAACACAGCAUCUGAGUUCGAUGGAAGUGAUUCUGGAGCCAGCCCUGAUGAGGCUAUAUCGUGGGGCAAGAUCAGGAAGACAGCCAACCCUGUCAAGGUGUGUGGUGAGGCCAGUCUUGUGUUCCCAUUGAUGGUGGCUGAAACAUUUGCAAGAAGGGAAAAGCAAUAUGAAGAAUUCUACAAGAAUCGACCAUGACGUGUAGAUUUCAGGCAACCCACAUCCUGCUUGUUGCCAUGGUUACAUUGCCAUCUGAGACUUGGCAUGAUGGGCUUGGAUGUAUGUACCACUGCUGAUCCAUAAUUGCCAUGGUUAUCUCACCAUAUCUGCAUGAUGGGCAGGAUCUAUGUGGCACAGCUAAACUGAGGUUUUGUUUCCAUGGUUAUA